GUGGCCGUAGUCCCGGAAGGUGGUUUCUGGCCCGAGCUGCCGCUGUUGAGUAUUUCUGUUGUUAAUUCUGUUAAUAACAAGAAGUCUUCGGGGAUGAUUCCGGUUUCUUGGUAUCUCUGUGGGGCUCCUGACAAGAUCUUCCGCCAGACUUGAGAUUGCUUCGUCCACACAUCUCUGGCUGAUUUCUUAGAGAACCAAGGUCAGUGUCCUUCAUGGAUGUGUCUAUAGAUUUCAGCAGAGACGAAUGGCGGCACCUAGACCCCGAUCAAAGAAGCCUCUACCGGGAUGUGAUGCAGGAGACCUACAGUCACCUGCGCUCAGUAGGGUAUCAGGUUCCCAAGACAGAGGUUUUCAUGCUGGAGCAAGGAAAGGAGACAUGGGCAUUGCAAAAGGAGAGCCAUGUCAGCCCUGUGUAGAAGAAUUGCAGCAAAUUGGUGGCCAGAAAGAGACCUGUCAGCAAAUAGAAAAUAAAUCAGCAAGUGAUGUUAUCUUCAUCAAGAAGACACUGGAUACAAAGAGUCAUUGUGGAUCUAAGGUCAUUAGAAAAAUAAUUCAUGUGAACCCGUACAUUGUUCUGCCUUCCAAAAGACCCCAUCAGUGUGACUCACUUGGGAAUGAUCUGAAGCAUAAUUUAGAAUUACAGAGUCAUAAUGAAAAUAAUGGGCCAGAGAGAAUUAAAAAGAUUACUGAAUAUGAUAAAAAUUCAUCUUAUACCAAUGCUGAGCAUACUGUAACAGGAAAGAAAUUAUGGGACCAAAAUCAAUGUGGAAAAGCCCUCAAUUAUGAACAAGUACCUUAUCAAUAUCAGAAGAUUUAUAUUGGAGAGAAUUCAUAUGAAUGUGCUGAAUUUGGAAAGCUCUCCACCCAGAAGUCACAGUACAAAGUACAUAUGAAAUCUCAUACAGGAGAAAAACUUUAUGUAUGUGUUGAAUGUGGGAAGGCAUUUUCACAAAAGCCAGAAUUCAUUACACAUCAGAAAACCCAUACUAGAGAGAAACCCUAUAAAUGCAAUGACUGUGGAAAGUCCUUUUUCCAAGUCUCUUCUCUCUUCAGACAUAAGAGGUUUCACACUGGAGAAAAGCUCUAUGAAUGCAGUGAGUGUGGGAAAGGCUUCUCCUACAACUCAGACCUCAUUAUUCAUCAGAAAAUCCACACAGGAGAGAGACAUCAUGCAUGCACUGAGUGUGGCAAAGCCUUCACACAGAAGUCCACACUCAAGAUGCACCAGAAGAUCCAUACAGGAGAGAGAUCCUACAUAUGUAUCGAGUGUGGACAGGCUUUCAUCCAGAAGACACACUUGGCUGCACACCGCAGAAUUCACACCGGAGAAAAGCCAUAUGAGUGCAAUAACUGUGGAAGGUCCUUCAUUUCCAAGUCACAGCUCCAGGUCCACCAACGAAUUCACACAAGAGUGAGGCCCUAUCUGUCUGCUGAGUAUGGGGAAAUCUUCAGCGGUAGUUCCAACCUCAUUGCACAUAAAAAAGCUCAAGUUAGAGAGAAAUCUUCCAUCUGCACGGAAUGUGGGAAGGCCUUUACCUAUAAGUCAGAAUUAAUCAUUCACCAGAGAAUUCACACCGGAGAGAAACCUUACCAGUGUAGUGACUGUGGAAAAGCCUUCACCCAGAAGUCAGCUCUCACAGUGCACCAAAGAAUCCAUACGGGAGAAAAAUCAUAUGUGUGCAUGAAAUGUGGGCUGGCUUUCAUCCAAAAGGCACACUUGGUUGCACACCAGAUAAUCCAUACUGGAGAAAAACCUUAUAAAUGUGGUCACUGUGGAAAACUCUUUACGUCCAGGUCCCAACUCCAUGUACACAAACGAAUUCACACAGGAGAAAAACCUUACAUGUGCAGUAAAUGUGGGAAGGCAUUCACUAACAGGUCAAAUCUCAUCACACAUCAGAAAACACAUACAGGAGAAAAAGCCUAUGUAUGUUCAAAAUGUGGAAAGGCCUUCACUCAGAGGUCAGACCUGAUGAUACACCAGAGAAUUCAUUCCGGAGAGAAACCAUAUGGCUGCAGUACCUGUGGGAAAGCCUUUACCCAGAAAUCACACCUCAAUAUACACCAGAAAAUUCAUACUGGAGAGAGACAGUAUGAAUGCCACGAAUGUGGAAAAGCCUUCAAUCAGAAAUCAAUACUGAUUGUGCAUCAGAAAAUUCAUACAGGGGAGAAACCCUACGUGUGUACUGAAUGUGGGAGAGCUUUCAUCCGAAAGUCAAACUUCAUCACUCAUCAAAGAAUUCAUACCGGAGAGAAACCUUAUGAAUGCAAUGACUGCGGGAAGUCCUUUACUUCUAAAUCUCAGCUCCUGGUGCACCAGCCAAUCCACACAGGUGAGAAACCUUAUGUGUGUGCCGAAUGUGGGAAAGCCUUUAGUGGUAGGUCAAAUCUCAGUAAGCACCAAAAAACUCACACAGGGGAGAAACCGUACGUCUGUUCAGAAUGUGGGAAGACCUUCAGACAGAAGUCAGAGUUGAUUACACAUCAUAGAAUUCAUACUGGAGAGAAGCCUUAUGAGUGUAGUGACUGUGGGAAAUCAUUCACUAAGAAAUCACAGCUUCAAGUACAUCAGCGAAUUCAUACAGGAGAGAAGCCUUAUGUGUGUUCUGAAUGUGGGAAGGCCUUCACUGAUAGGUCCAACUUAAAUAAACACCAAACAACACACAGUGGAGAUAAACCUUAUAAGUGUAUAGUCUGUGGAAAAGGCUUUGUUCAGAAGUCGGUGCUCAGUGUGCAUCAGAGUAUUCACACUUAAACAUUAUGAGGAAAAACUCACUGAGGUCUCAUCUUACUGUAAUCGUUGUUUCUGUGAAAUGGGGUGCUAUGUAUAUUAUUGUAAGUAAAAACGCCCAUGUGUCAGUGCUACACAUUACUGCUCAGAAAAGGACCCAGAGAAGCUGCUUAAAGGGAUUAUGGAGAAGGACCUUAGUACAUGCCAAGAAACUGCAUCCAUUUGAUACAAUAGAAACUUCUCAUGAAGGAAUUCAGUGGAACACUAUUACCAAGUUCUUCACAAGGACGACUGUUAACCAUGUUAAUGAGAAUACUGUUGGGAUAGAUAUAGUGCCAACUAAUUGAAUGAUAAAACCAUAGCGAUAGCGAUAGUCUUUUUUUCUGUCAGUUAUUUGUUGCAAACAUUAACAAACCUGUGGGUAUGUUUGCAUUCUUGGUUGAAUCUAACAUAUUUAUGCAUACCCAGUACUUCUGUUGAGAGACAUAUACUACAGGAUGGGGCAUGGCAUUUCAUGUCUAUAAUUCCAGCCUUUUGGAAGGGCAGAAGCAGGAGGGUCACCAUGACUUCAAGGCUAGUCUAAGCUACAGGGUAAGACCCUAUCUCAAAAAUGAGAAAGACCACAAUAAAAACAUAU